AUGGAAGUAGAAUUGGAGAAUACAUUAGCCAUGAAUUUAUUCUGGGAGGUGUUAAAUGAAGCCUUUCAGAAAUAUACCGCCAAUCCAACCAUCAGAUUCAGGCCAUAUGGUUGGAUGAUGGAUGAGGCUGGAGCUUUCUGGUCUUCCAUUGCAAAUAUCCAAGGAGAAGAAUAUUUCCAAAGGUCUGUCAGCUGUGAAAAACAUUUUGACUUUACUGUGUUGCGACAAGAGAAGACCCUUGUUGGAGGUGAAGUGAAAAGUGAAUUUAAGUUCCUCUGUAACUCACUUCAGAAGGCAGAAACUCCCCUAGUAGUUCAGAAAGCAUCUGAGGGAAUGGAUUAAUCCAUCAAGACACAGUCAUCUGAAGUCAUGGUGGUCCUGGUGGCAAAAGAGACAAGGCCAUGUUUUCUGGGCUUUCAAGCCUCACCACAAUGUUCCUAAGGCCAAUCAUGCAGAGAUUGGGCACUCGCAAUGGGUAAAGAUUGGUGCAGUCAAUUUAUCCCUUAUUGAUGCUUGCAGAGAGGAUGUUGCGGAAAGUUUUACAUUGGGCACUGCUCUUAGAGCCUAUGGCUCUGGUCCUUUUAAAGGUGGUGAAGGACCCAGCUCUGCUGAUCUGCGGAAGAGAAGGUAUGCUGAACAAAACAAGAGAGCAGAUGCCUACAUUGAAGAACUGGAUGAAGUGAACCAGGCAUGUCCAGCUGCUUCUAUCAUAACCAGCCGGGAAACAGAUGGUUUUCUUGACCCCACCUCUUCACACCGACGUGAUCCUGUAAAGCGACCCACCAAGGGAAACAAGGGCAGAGCUGUGCCAUACCAGUCACAGAGACCAAAAGCCUUUAUGAGAUCCUUGGAGAUUGCCAAGAAAACCAAAAAUGCCUUUAAUGUACUAAAGAAAGAGGUGACAACUGAGAGGGUUGGAACACGCUUGAAGUACUUCACUGGAAAGAUCCAGAAGGUCACCAUCUCUACCUACCCAGACUGUGCAGACUGUGUCUACUGCACCCGUCAAACUCUUUGCUCUCAUAUUCUGUGGGUGUAUCUUUUUGUGUGCAAGCUGCCAGAAGCAAGUCAAAUUUUGCAGCAGAGAGCCCUCACCACAGAGGAAAUGGCAGAUGUAGUAUCCGGCCUUCCCUCUACACCACAGAUCUCAUCAACAAGUGUGUCAGGACUUGUAUGCUCCCCACCAGGAACAUCAGCAGGAGUUAGCCCACAGCCCAGUUGCUCAGCAAUUAGGAAUAGUCAAGUAGGAUACUCUAGCUCUUUAACCCCCAGUUCACAGGGUACCCAGUCGAGCAGUGCUACAUUCAACAGACCAAGGUGGGAGUUGAUACGCUAUGAAGGUGUGCGUAAAGGAAUUCAUCCCCAUUGCAGGAACCCCACUUGUAAGGUUUUAAUCCAAGAUGGUGUACUUCUUAUUGUUGCUAAUGCCCCUUGGUCCCUACCAAACUUGAAUUUGAAAGGGGAAAAGUUUUGUGUUCCAUCAAAAUUCUACUUCUGUUUAAGCAGUAUAUGUUGUAAGCAUCAGCCCUCAGGAGGUGAUGUUUUGCCACCUGAUGAAAUAACAAUAAGUGAAGAUCUUCUUCAGGAUUUGACACCCAAUGAAUAUGAGCAGCUUUCUAAUCUAGGCCUGCCAUUCACAUGGCAGUAA